AGUUCGCUGCUCUUUUCCCAGUCUGGGCUUGCUCCGAGGCUGCCCUGCCCUGCAAAGGUCAGAGCUGCGCUCCCAGCGUUUGUUUUUAGGCUGGGCUGGCACCGGGCACGGCUGGGCUCGCUGCCAGCUCCGCUUUUAGCUCGGGGCUCUCCUGCUGCUGCAGGGGCAGCUCCAGCUCGGUCUCUGCAAGUCAGCCCUGUCUCAGGAAGCCAGCUCAGCAAGGAAAGCUGAUGGAUUUCACAAGCACUGUCAUCGUCCCGCUGCUCUUCGGCAGCCUGGGCAUCUUCGCGCUCUUCCGGCUGCUGCAGUGGAUGCGCACGCGAGCCUACCUGCAGGACGCUGUGGUGCUGAUCACAGGGGCCACCUCUGGCCUGGGGAAAGAAUGUGCCAAAGCUUUCCAUGCAGCGGGCUCCAGGCUGGUGCUGUGUGGCAGGGACAGUGAGAAGCUGAAGGAGCUGGUGCAGGAGCUCUGUGCCGUGAAGAAUCACCGCAAGAACACACACGAGCCUCACACCGUGGUGUUUGACCUCUCAGACACCAAGGCUGUGGUGAAUGCUGCUGAGGAGAUCCUGAAGGCCUCGGGUCAUGUGGACAUCCUGAUCAACAACGCUGGCAUCAGCUACCGAGGCACAAUCGUGGACACAGGACUGCAUGUGGAUAAGAAAGUGAUGGAAACAAAUUACUUUGGGCCUAUAGCCCUCACCAAAGCACUUCUCCCCUCCAUGAUCAAGAGGAGACAAGGCCACAUUGUGGCCAUCAGCAGCGUGCAAGGCAAAAUAAGCAUUCCUUUCAGAUCUGCAUAUGCUGCCUCUAAGCACGCUACCCAGGCCUUCUUUGACUGUCUGCGAGCAGAGGUGGAGCAGUAUGACAUUGAAGUGACAGUGGUGAGCCCGGGCUACAUCCAGACAAACCUGUCCCUGAACGCUGUCACAGCGGAUGGAUCCCGCUAUGGAGUUAUGGACAAGACCACGGCCGAGGGACAGACGGCGGCCGAGGUGGCUCAGGUGGUUCUCAGUGCUGUGGGACAGAAGAAGAAGGAAGUGCUUGUGGCUGGCCUGACCCCCUGCCUGGCUGUCUACCUGAGGAACCUCUGCCCCAGGCUUUUCUUCACCUUAAUGGCAUCUAGAGCAAAAAAGGAGAGAAAAGUAAAGGGCUCUUAGAACUCAGCUGCCCUGAGCAGGGAGAGGCUGAGCCCCUGCAGUCGGCUGGGACAUCACUGGAGGUGCUCCUGCAGGAAAAUCCUUUCUCAAAAUGCUGUUUACCAUUGCAUGGAGACUGGGAAGUGGUUUCCCCCACACUGCUGGAAGACAGCACCUAAACCUCAGCUGGAGACGGAAUGGUGCUUGGACAGUGGGGGAGAGCUGAGGUGCAGGGGAGGGAUCAGGGGAACACUGCAGCCGGGGAGGCCCUGGCUGGGAGACUCCUCACCUCACUGCAGGCACGCUCAGCUUUACUGCCUGCCACAAAUAAAACCCACCUGUUCUGCCUUCACACCAGCAGAGCUUGGCUGUCCCCACCCCUGUGAAAUACAGUCCUCAGCUGGGAGCUCUCGUGAUCAGUGUCUCAUUCCCACUCCUUCCAGUCUGAUCCAGGACAUGCUGCUUGCAGUGGGAAACUUCACAGCCUCUUCCUGUUAACGUGCCAAGUCAUCUGAUAAAUUAAGCUCAGUCCAGUGCCACUUUAAAAGAAGUAACUGAUGUACA